UCUCAAUACAUUCUCAUCAUUUUAUCAGAACAUUAUUUCAGGAUUUGAUCAAUGAACUGUUUCUUUUGUCAUGUAUCACAAUACUCUUUAGUUUAAUUAUAACUUGCCCUUUACUCACACUUGGAGAUGAUGUGAAUAAAGCCAUGUGUUCAACAUCUCCGUAUACUUCAGUAAUCGGUGUUUAUAUAUGUUACACUGCUAUCUUGGGCAUGAGCUGCACCAGCUUAUCAAGAUCUGGACUUGAGCAAACAUCUCCAUGGACUUCGGAGACUCGAUGAUUGUUACCAUCUACAAGCAGAAAGGAGACAAGUCUGACUGCUGCAACUACCGUGGAAUUUCCUUGCUAUCCAUCACAGAGAAGAUCCUUGCUCGCAUUACCAACUACCAGCUGAAACCCAUUGCAGAAAGCACUCUCCCUAAAACGCAGUGCGGCUUUUUGACCACUGGAGAGGGAGGAUGGACAUGAUUUUCACAGUUUGUCAGCUGCAAGAAAAAUAUCGGGAACAACUCCAGGCAAUGCAUCUUGCUUUCGUAGAUCUCACUAAAGCAUUCAACAGUGUCUCAUAGCCACUCUUGUGGAAGAGCCUCGGCAGAAUUGGCUGCCCUGAGUUGUUCAUUAAGAUCUUGAGACUUCUUCAAGACAACAUGUCUGCCAUGGUCCUGAUGAACAGAACAAAAACCGCAACCUUCAAGGUCAAAUCUUGAAUGAACCAAAGCUGUCUCACCAUGCCAACCUUGUUUACUGUCUUCAUCACCACCCUUAUCCACUUGUUCAGGGACAAAGUACCACCAGGGAUGGACAUCAUGUACAGAACCAAUGGAAAGCUCUUCAACCUUAGUUAGCUGAGAGCCAAGAACAAAACGUUGGCCACUUCGCUUCUGGACUUCCAGUUUGCCGAUGACAACGGCGUGUCAUCUCUCAUAGAGAGAGGUCUUCAAACAAUCCUCAAAACCUUCGAUGAUGCCUAUACCAAGCUCGGUCUUCACAUCAACCUGAAGAAAAUGCAAGUCUCGUACAAACCUGCUCCCCAUGAGUUCAACACAAAAGUCCCUACUGUGAAACUGAAGGGACAACUUUUGGAGAAUGUGAACCACUUCCUGUACCUUGGUUGCCAUGUGCCUUCAAACAGUAACAUUGAUGAUGAGAUCCAACACCGACUUAAAUAUGCUGGAAUAGCUUUCGGCCGCCUGCGCCCUCAUGUCUUCCAAAACCGAAACCUCUGAGGCGAAACGAAGGUCCACAUUUACAGACCUGUCAUCAUUCCAACUCUUGUGUAUGGCUCUGAAACCUGGACCACCUACCGCUGCCACCUGAAGACCCUUGAGUAUUUCCAUCUACACUGCUUGAAGAGCGUCCUUUGCAUCGGCUGGGAGAACUACCAUGCCAACAUCAGCAUCUUGGUUGAAGUUAAACUCCUGAGCAUGGAGUCCAUCAUCCAAAGCCAGUUGUGGUGGGAUGGUGACGUUGUCAGAAUGGAGGACAGCCAACUUCCAAAAUUGGUCUUCUCCCAACUCUGAGAAGGAAAGUGGUCCAGAAGACGACAAAAGAAACAAUACAAGGACUUGCUGAAACAAAACCUGAAAAGCUGCGGCACUGACUGGAACAACUGAGAAGACCAGGCCAGAAACCUGGAGAGCAACCAUCACAAAACCAGAGAAUGAACCACAUUAAGGAGAAGAGGAGGCAAAGGAAAGAACGUGCGCAAAAUCCGGACCGCCUGCAUUUUCCCACCACCAGCAUCUGCAACAAAUCCUGUGAAUCAAGGAUUGGGCCCCUCAGCCACCUGAGAACCCACCAAGACCGAGCUGCCAACAACUAGGAGAACAUCAUCCUCGCUUUCGAGGGAUAGCCACGACUAUGACACUGCCAUCUUCUCUUUGCAACUUUUUUACAGUUUAAAAGAAAUACAACUUAUUUACAUGGUUAAAAAGCUGUUUCUUCGCAUACAUAUGUGCACAACUACAAUACUAUUAUGCUUAUGAUAAAAUUCAUUGUCAGCCAAAAGUUUGCACUUGACACAGGCCUACAUAUAUUAUGCAUAAAUGCUUCACUUUAUAUACUUGAAUUUUUAAUGUGCCUGUGACUUACUUUGCCCUGAAUAUAAUGUUUUCCCUUUCCUGAAACUGAGACUUUGGGGAAAAAAAUCUGAUUUAUUUCUAGACACCAGAUACCAACAAGAUCAUUCCUUAGAAGGACAAGACACUUGUAUAGCACAAGCAGUCAUGGAAGAUGGUCAACAUUUCUCUCGGAGCUCCUCAAGAAAGGAACAACAACGUAAAUAUAUGAAGAAUAGCCGAAACGGAUUCCUCACGAGAUAUAUACUAAACCCGUGGAUUCUUCUUGAUGGUGAAAGACUGAAGAAAGUGGGAUUCGGAGAAAAAGAUGAGAGCAAACCUCAUAAAACCAUAAUCAUGGUUGGAGAAACGGGAGUGGGGAAGUCGACUCUCGUCAAUGCCAUGGUCAACUAUAUGCUGGGUGUGGACAGUACAGACAGAAUUUGGUUUGAAAUCAUCGAGACAAAAACGGACCAAAGUGAUUCUCAGACAAAUGUAGUCACAGUGUAUGACAUCUUUACUGAACACAGCCCGUUCUCUCUGACCGUCAUCGACACGCCUGGAUUUGGAAAAACGGAAGGUAGAAAGGAGGAUUUAAAAGUUUCUGAUGGUUUAUUUGAGUUAUUUCAUUCCAGCAACUGGGUUCAUGAAAUUGAUGCAGUGUGCCUUGUGGUGUCAUCAAGCACUGUUCGACUCACUGAAAAACAGCACAAUGUUUUUAAUGCCGUUCUCUCAUUGUUUGGCAACGAUGUGAAGAAAAACUUGGUUGUGUUCAUCACACGCGCCCCAACAAAGUCUACAAAUUCCUUAAAGGCCAUUAAAGAUGCCAAAAUCCCAUGUGCUCAGACUGAUGAGGAGGAGCCUGUGCAUUUCAGGUUUGACAACUACCACUGUGAAAACUUUUAUGCGAAAUAUGACCGUAAAAACGAAAAUGAACAACUGUUACAGGGUUUUCAGGCAGCAUGGAAUCUCUUCAACACAAGCAUGAAGAAAUUUUUGCGUUUUCUAAAUGGGAGCAAACCUGUGAGUUGGAAAAAUACGGAAAACGUGCUGACAUAUUGCAGGCAACGAGUAGACCACAUCAGCAGUUUAAGGAAACAAGUCAAAGCAAUGCAGCUCAAGAAAAUGAAGCUUGAUCAGGUAAAUGAAGCUCUGCAGCAGCAUGAAGAGAAAAGGAAAACUGUUAACUUUGAAUAUGAAAUGGAUGAAGUCUACAAAGAAAAAGUACCAAUUGACCCGUCAACAAGUUCGAGCAAAGAGGCGACUUGCUGCAGUGUGUGUGAGGAGAACUGUCAUUACCCAGGAUGCCGGUGGGCCAGAGAUCUUUCAUGGUGUAGAGCCAUGUCAAAGGGCAAGUGCACAGUGUGUACUGGAAGGUGUGACUACACUGUCCAUGUUAAAGAAGCGAAAAUCUAUGUGAGGAAAACAAGGAAGGUCAAGAAGAUUCAGGAAGAUCUGAAAAAGAAAUACGAGACAGAGUCUGAGGAGAAAAAGAGAUGCAUAACCCAGCUUGAGAAAGAAAUGGCAGAACAAGAAAAAGAAAUAACCAGACUGGUGGAUGAAUGUCAUCAGUGUAUGCACUUCCUGAAAAAGAUCGCCUUAAAGACUGAUGCUGUGUCCACACUUCAGGAUCUGGACUUCCUGAUUCAGGAAGCAAAAGAAACUCGACGUCCAGAAAUAUUGAAGAAACUGAAAGAGCUGAAGAAAAGGGCUGAGGAGGAGUCCAAACAUGCAGAACACUGAACAACCAAACAAACCAACCCCAAAACAUACAAAAUGGAUGUGAUGCACGAGAGGAUCUUUUAUACGUUACGUACAAAUGAUUGAAAAGGAAAAUCAUCCGAUAAUAUUUUCAUCAGUCCUGUUUGAUUGCUUGCUUUAUAAAUUAUCAGAGAAAAUUUUCAAUCACAAUCCUUCAGUGUGGUUAUGUGAGACAUAGAAUAGCCAGUCCAUCCUUGAUUUGGGUUUGAUGCUAACAUUGAAAUGAUCAUCGGGUGGAUGAACAUGUCACCUUCCAGUCACAUGAAAUAAAAUGAUAAACAGAAGAAGUGAAGGUGCGUGAGGUCCAUCAAGUCCCUGUCCUCUCAAAAAAAAAUGGCUGAAUGGAAACAGAAAUGAAACAUCCCCAGAGCAGACCUGCAAGUGAAUCAAUGAAAUCAAAAACCUUCAAGGUUCCAUGCCCCAUUAGGGUGCUCCAAGAAGGAAAAGAAUGAAGCCAUACAUAGAAGGAAAAAAUGAGGUACAGCUCCUGAUAAAUGGAUUGUGAAAUCGACAAUACACACACUGAAUGUCUCCAUCUUUGUCCUCCAGAGGAAAAGUGGCUCACUCCCCAAAACCAUGGAAUCUAACUUCUCCAGGAAAAUGGAUACAGAAUCCCAACAGACCUGACUAGGCUGCUUUCACAAGAAGAAUUUUUCUCUCAUGUUUUGUAGGUGAUCCAACAGGAAGUGGCUGGUUAUCAGAAUGUAUCCACUUAAAAAAAAAAAAAAAGUGUCAUCUGUACUUUACAAGCUUCCAAGUUGAAGUAUAAUGUCUCUUAGAAAAACACUGAGUGAUAGGAUGCAAUUUUUUUAACCUCUCAACCAAUCAAGUCACAAUUUGGUGGACAAGCAACAGAAAAACAUGGAGGACAAAAACAGUGUUGUGAGUGAGUGAAUAAGAGGAGCUUUACGACGUGUUGAGUGGAAAAUAUUCCAAAUGCAACUGUAAAAAAUUAGCACAGUGGUUUUGACAUCUCCCUGUGGGACAUCAGUCACCUUCACCCAGCACAAAGGACCUUGGGGUGGUGUUCGACAGUCUCCUUUUCGGUGAACAUCACUGCAGUGACCCAGACGUAGAUUUCUCCUUUACAACAUCCAAAAGAUCUGCCCCUUCCUCACCACCUACUCUACUCUACUCAGCUCCUGGUCCAAGCACCGCUUGGACUACUGCAACUCUCUCCUUGCUGGCUUCCCAGUAUCUGCCACCAGACCCCUGCAGCUCAUCCAGAAUGCUGCAGCCCACUUGGUCUACAACCUUCCUGGUUCCUCCCAUGUCACCCCUCUUGCUUGCCGCCCUUCAUUGGCUGCCCAUCGCAGUUCGCAUCAAAUUUAAGAUGUUGGUGCUUGCUUACCAGGCAGUUAAGGGGUCAGGUCCAGCAUUCCUCCAGAGGCUGAUCCACCCCUACACGCCAGUGAGAUCCUUACAUUCCACAACUACUGGUCGUCUGGCCCCUUCUCCUCUCCGUUCCUGCCCAGCCUGCUCUAGACUGCUGUCUGUCCUGGUUCCCCAUUGGUGGAAUGACCUUCCCAUUGAGGUCAGAACUGCCGACUCCCUGACCACCUUCAAGCACAAACUGAAGAUCCACUUCUUCAGGCUGCACCUCUCCCCUGCUUCCCUGCCCACUGUGUAAUCACAUACUGUAGCUGCCUUGACCAACCAGCCCAGGCUGUGUACUGUCUCGCCUGCUCAUAAUAACUUGGUGUAAGCCGAUGGGGUUUUAUUUUUCUCAAUUUAGUUGUACUUUGUGAGUUCAUUUGUAUGGUUGGCUUGUUUUCCUUGGCUGUUUGCUGAUAGUGUAAUAUUCUGUUAAAGUAACAAAGUCACUUGUUCAGUUGGCACUCGAACUUUCUUGUCUUGAAGUUUAGUACUUCUUGUGCUUGAUUUUUACACUUGUUGUAUGUCACUCUUGAUAAAAGCAUCUGCUAAAUGUCUGGAAUGUAAUAUUUUGGGGAAAUUUAACCGCAGUUGCAUUCAGUCAGGUCACACAAGCAGCUCAGAUUCUCUUGAUUUUCUGCCUUCAUCAGUUCUGACAGCCGGUGAACACUUAUGCAACCAGCUUAUUGUAUGUUUUUUAUUUUUUAUGUUUUUCCCCAAACAGAUUUGUUUGUUUUUCAAUUGAAUUGUACAGGUUAUAGGUCACAUUAAAGGUGGGAAAAGUUUUAAAAUUA